UCGUUUGUGUCCCUUGCUUUUUUGUCCACGAUGUAUCAACGUGGAAUUACAUGUCCUGAGAUAGGUUUAUCGUUGUACUGCUGUAAGGAACAGUGUUCGAAAAGUGAUAGGCUGUCGUUAUUGUAAUAUACGUAGAUAAAGUUCUUUAAAAAAAAUACUAUCCAGGUAUUAUAUUUGUUAACCACUUUCGUGGAUAUAUUCGUUUGCUGCAAUGAUGGCAGAUUGUUCUAGUAUGAUUUUCUGCACGUACUGAAACAUUUGCUGCACUGGCACAUUUUGACCUAGUGAAAACUUGGUGAAAUAUUUCAAAGCUAAUUGCAAAUGUAAAUAAGAGCUAAGAAGAAAAAGGAACGCUUAUAGACCGACGUCAUUUCCAACAAGGUGGCGCGUGCGAAGGCAUUGCGUGCUGUAAGGAUUGUCGUAAGCAGUGAACUACAUUCAACAUGGCCUGUUCCGCAAUAUCGAGACUCUGUGAGGAACGUAAGGCAUGGCGUAAAAACCCGAUUUAUGGAUUUAUGGCUCGUCCAGUUAAGAACGAAGAUGGAUCACUGAACCUGAUGAAAUGGGAGUGUGCUAUUCCCGGAGUAAUGGGAACAGCCUGGGAAGGUGGACUGUACAAAUUGGAGAUGAUUUUUAAAGAUGACUACCCGACCAGCCCGCCGAAGUGCAAGUUCGAUCCACCUUUGUUCCACCCGAACGUUUACCCAUCCGGCUUGGUAUGUUUGUCACUGUUGGACCCGGAGAAAGAUUGGCAUCCCGAAUUAUCAAUCAAGUGCAUUUUGCUAGGAAUCCAGCAUCUGCUCAACGAACCCAACAUUCAAGAUCCAGCUCAGGAAGAGGCGUACAGAAUAUACAGUGAAAACCGAGAGGAGUAUGAGUUACAUGUGCGUGCUCAGGCCAGAACUAUGUCAUCUAUUGAAUAAAUCGGGCGUAGAAAAAUGGAUUUUGUCGGAAUAUAACCUUGUUUUUAUUUUAAUGCUAUCUGUAAGUGUAACAUUUAAGGGAAACAAAGUAAUAUACAUUCGAAGUGAUUGGUUUCCAGUCCACUCGUUUACUUCUUUGACCUUAUGUAGCGUCUACCAUGUUGGUAAAUUCCUGUUAGUAUCGGAACCGGAUGUUAGUCUUUGCUAAGAGGGCAUAGGAUGUAUUCGGAAUUGAUAGUUUUAGUAAGAUUAAUUGGAAAAGGUUUCUAAAUGGCUUUUCAAAUAAAAGAUAAACAUUGAUGAUUAUAUUCAAAAACGUUUGUUUUAUUUUUGCCAAAUCAAACAGUAUUGCUUAUUACAAAUCGGAACUCUAUUUGCAAAGCGGGUUUUACUAUUGCAACAUUGAUGAAUGGAACAGGUGUUAAAAGCUUUGCUAAUGCUAAUUAGAAUUGCUGCCAGGCUGAGGAAUUAAACCAAAAGCCAUUAAUGU